AUGGAUUUACCAGUACCAUCUAUUGAAACGACUUUUCCUUCUAGGUUGGGUUACAACUUAGCGGGAACAACCUUCUCACCUAUAGUGAACAAUAAUAACUGCAGCCCACCAAUAACAGACGAUAUGAUCGAGAGGGUAACUGCAGCAACAUCUACAACCACAAGAAUGCAACCAGCAUGUUGCUCUAAUAAAACUAACACCUAUUCUAAGUCCACCUCACCUACGAUAACAACGCCUUCAAUCGAAGCAGAGGAUACGUAUUCGCUGUCUUGUUGUUCGGACAGGAAAAGUAAUUCAACCAAUGAUGCUACAUCAGCUUCCUCUGUGUCAUCUUCUUCCUCCUCCUGUUCUUUAUCGACAGUGUCCAUGGAAUCUGUUCCUUUACCAAAUAUACCACCGCCUACCUCAUGUUGUGGACCGCCAUCAAAAAACCAGCAAGGUGAAUUAAUUCGAGUGGUUACUUGUCGUUGUGGGGAUUCUUGUGCCUGUAUUGGCUGCGAUGCUCAUCCUUCAAGAAUUAUGAAAAACGAUGUGUAUAUUGGGUUCAACAAUAGUAGCAAUAACCUUAAUAACAAGCGAUCAUUGGUACCUUCAAUACCUACAACUUCCUCUGCAACUAAAGUAGUCGAUGCAGCACCUCUUAAUUACCCAAGUACAACGUUGGAUGCCGAAGGCAAUAUGUUAUGUGGAUGUGGAUGUGCAAGAAGGUUUGAAGAUUGCUCUAAUUGUUAUAAGGAACUUUGCGACGCGUAUAUGAAUUGA